AUGUUCUUCUCCAACAGAGAAAACAGUACCGGUGAAAGAGAGGUUGCAUCAAAAAGAACAGCAGCAAAAGCAAACCUACCUGCUGAAAGAAAAACAAAAAGGAAAAUAACUGAUGAAGAAUAUGAAGUGAAGGAAGAAAAUAUAGAAAAAGCUUUAAUUGUGGAACGGGAGGUUUCCCCUUUGGCGAUGAUUACCAAAGAAGUUCCUGCAAAAAAGAAACCAAAGAAAUCAAUUGCUGUUUACAAGGAAAAAGUAGCAGAAGAAGAGGAAGAAAAAACUGGAGUUAGAGGAGGACAUGGAAAAUUCAUCAGUUUCAUUUCCAUGAUGAAUGAACAGAAGAAGGAGGCCGUUCGGAAUAUCGGUCUAGGAGCAUUGCUAGAUUUCCAGCUACCUACUUCAUCCCAACAAUUUGUUACAUGGCUAUGUAACAACUUUGAGGAAAACAGCCAAUAUCUUUAUCUGCCGAAGAAUGAGAAAAUCCUGAUAGAAUUUGAGGACGUGAAAAAGAUAUAUGGCCUUCCUAGCGGUGAAGUAGACAUAGUUGAGGCAAAGUCUGACAAGGCUAGUGAAGAGUUUUCUGCAUUCAUGGCAAGUUGGAAAAAGAUCUUUGGGAAUAAGGUCCCAUCAGUUCAGAAAAUUUUAAAGUACUACAGUCAAGAAGACCAAAUUGAGGCUGGACCGGAUGCAAAUUUCAUUACAAGCUUCUUGGUGGUCACUGUCAACACGUUGAUCAAGAGCACGUUGUCAAACCAAGCAUACUUCAAAUUUUUGUUCUCAAUGAUGAAUCAUGAGCAGAUCCGGAACUUGAAUUGGUGCAAGUAUGUGUGGGAGGCACUGCUCUCAACUACUGCACAGUAUAAGAAAAACCUGAAACAAAAGGACAAAGCAACAUUUUUCACAGGACCAUUGCCGUUAUUGACGAUUUUCUAUUUUGACAGAGUUCAAAGAAUGAACUUUUUUCCUCCAAGACGAAUUCCACUUGUGUCCUGCUGGACAAAGGAAAUAGGACACAAACGGAAUAAAUUGGAGGAAAGUGGCUUUGGAUUGGGGAAGGUGUUACCCAAAAUCAAUAUUGAAGAAAAACAAACUCGCAAGGAGUUUAUGGAUGAGUUUGUCGGUAUAAUUCAAGCUGUUGGUGACAAUUUGUCAAAGCUUUCUGAUUCACUGAAGAAGGCGCAAGAAUUCUUCCCAGGAAAUGAGUUGGUAUCUAAAGUGGAAGAGUUCUUGUCAAAAAUGGCAAAAGAACCAUCAUUAAGCAAAGAUGAGUGGUCUGAUGACUUCAUUAAGGCUCUGUUGGAAAAAGAAAAGGAGUUGUUGGAUGCAAUUGAGCUGGAGAAAAACAAAGCAAAAAAGGAUAAGCAGAGAUAUGAGUAUGAUAUCAAGAAUGCAUUCGACUUGGGACUUUCACCAUCACCGAUAAUAGAUGAUGACAAGUUGAAACGUGAGAAAGCUGGUACAUCCACCUCUACGCCAAAUUUGUCACUUGAAGAAAUAGAUGAAUCUUUGGCUUCUGCUAUGCUGAAUCUAAAACAAAGAAGGGAGGAAGAGAAAAAGAAAAUGAAAUUGCAAAAGCUAAGAAAAUGA